AGCUCAUACCUCUCACAAUCAGUUGGGAUGCCAGUGCCAUGGCAUUCGUUUAUUUCUGUGAGUCUAUCGUCACCUUCAAUAGAUAAGUUUCCUGCUCGGUGAUAAGCAGCUACUAUAAGGUUCAACUUUUGCCAUUGUACAAACAAACAAUAAUAUGACUGAAGUAGAGGAUAAUCGUCCAGAAUGGAUGAUCGAGUUGGAAAACAGAAAGAGAAAGCCGCGUUUGGCCCACGAAGCUGGUGCAGGUUCACCAUGCUUGAGCUGCAAAGAAGCUUGUCCCGGUUUGGACUUACACUUUUGGCGUAAAAUCUGUAAAAAUUGUAAAUGUGGCCGUGACGAACAUGACGUAGUUGAUGAUGAUUUCCCACAAUUCGAUUUAUUACUUGGUCCUUCUGGGAAACCAAGGAGAAAAGCUACUUUCCUCCCCGUUGCCAUUAAAAAACAACCAGACAAAGGGAAUGCAUUUGAAUGGAUACCACCAGAUGUUACAACAGACAUAGCUGCGGAUUAUAUGAAAGCGUUGCCAGAGAACAAAUUGCCAAUUCAAGGAUCCGUUGGAGCAGCCUUAAGAAAACAGCAACUUCAGAAACAAUUACCACUUCAUGAUAUGGACCAUAAAGCUUGCGAUAAAUUGAGUGAAGAUGAAAAACAACAGUUUGAAAAGUAUUUGGAGAAUUUGAAAAAAUAUGUUGGCCAGGGCAGAGUAUCUAAGGUGAUGGGAGCAAGACCAUUCAAUAAAUCUCUGAUGACUCCAGCAAAUGCAGCUGACAUGCAACCAAUGAGCCCACAGCGCAAACCUCAAGUUCAUGUAUCGACUGACUCCAGCAAUCUUCGUACGCCUAGUAGCUUCAUUUCAAAAGUUCAAGGAUUACCUACUACUUUGCAAGGCUCACAAAAGCAACAAGCUUGGCUGGCAGCAAAUAUGCAAGCGAUACAAGCCCAGAUUUCUGACAAUGCUGUCAGUACUGCCGUUCAAUUAGGUCAAUAUCACCCUGCAUUGGAUAACAUCUCUUCUACGGGGCAAAUUGUUAAUUCAGAGGUGGUAAAUAGUAACAGACACCCAGCUCAGCAAUUUGCGAACACGUCUCAUAUUACAGGCAGCCAACAAAACACAGGUUUAACUUUAAAAAAUUCAGAAAAUGUUCACUAUAUACCUAAUUUUGGUAAAGUUCAUUUUCAAACUGAAUAUUCACAAAUUGGAGAAGAGUUUGCCCCUAACACUACUCCAAAAAACGUUUUACCACUUGACAACUCAAAUAGUAAGAUUAAUGCUACACUGGACAAAAGUUUUCACGCGCCAAACCAGCAAAUUGUGAAUUCGUCAAAUCUUCCAACUACAUGGAAUGCCAGUCAUAGUUCUCCAAUUCAAUCAGGGCAAUACCAUAACACCAGUAUUCCCAUAUCACAUAAUUUGGAGACGAGCGUGAAAAGCGACAGGCCAGAAAUAGUGAAGCAAGCUCUUUCUGGCCAUAACAGACAUUAUAGAGACCAUGCAAAUUCAUUGCACAUAGGAGGCGCAAGCGAAUUAGGGACUGGUGCAUCGCAUAGCGAGAAACUUCGGGAUCAUAAUCAAGUACCACAAAGCGUUACAUAUUCAGAUGAUGUUCACUUACUAAAUGCACAAUUAGCUGAGCAAAUGUUAUCUGAUGCCUUACUACCUCCAAGCGCAGUACAUGCUAAUGAAAUCAUUGGUAGUACCCUAGACAAAAAUAAAUUGAAGUAUAUUCAAGAACAACUCAGCGCGAAAUAUAGUAAAGAAGAUGCACCUUCUCAACAUAUUUUGAAAUCUCAACGCAUCGACGAACUUGAUCCACAUUUUGGGCAGGACAUUGCUAAACAUAAAAGUCUACAGACGCAAGUUCCAUUGUUAGAUAAAGAGACACAGAGAAUUGCCAUAAUAGCUGCGAUGCGAAAUCCAUCAGGACUUUUGGCGGAUAAUCAAAAAUUGGAAAAAAUUGGACCUCAAUAUGCAAAUCCUUUGGAACAAGUUGGCCAGAAUAAAUGCACGAGUUCAACUGCAUCGACUAAUGAGGGGUCUGGUGUGUCUAUGGGAAUUCCAAAUGCCAAUUUAAUAAUGAGUACCGACCCAACAGUUCCAAAAGAAAGUUUGCAAGGAAAUAAUCUGGUGCCUUCAGAUUCUAUAGUACCAUUAGCUAAUGAAUAUGGUAUGUCAAUGGACAAUCAGUUUGGACACCGACCAAUGCCACAUCAGUACCCAGGUGCUAUAUCUUCAUCUACGAAUUCAUCGUCAGCUAUUCCAAACCAACAGCAAUAUUCAUUGAAAGCUGAUCAUCAACUUCCACCAGAUUCAGCCAAGCUAGAUCAGUACUUGCGGCCCUCACAUGGUAGUAGUGCAUAUCAAGGAACAUUAAGCUUUGACAAUGACAACAGCUUAUGUAACCCAUCUUCGUCGUUAAAUACAGAACGGCUUCAAGCUGAAUUAAACCAUCAGCCGAUCGAUUCACAAGUAAUUUAUUCAGAGUCUUUAGGAAACUCAGCAUUCCCAGAAGGCGUUAUUGAUUCCCCAGCAUUAAGACAGAACCCUGCUAGUGUUGAUCAAUUGAGGGGUGCCCUAGAAGAACUUUCAAUCGGAUCGAUUCAGUUGCAAAAAUGCACGCAGUGUGAAGAAGAAAUUCAUUCAGGUGAUAUCGUUGUUACUGCUGAAAGGGCUAAAGAUGCCGUCUGGCAUCCUGGUUGUUUCAUCUGCUCUACAUGCAAUGAACUUCUUGUGGAUCUAGUCUACUUUUAUCAUAAAGGAAAACUGUAUUGUGGAAGAGAUCUUGCUACACUAUUGAACAUUCCAAGAUGCUUCGCUUGUGACGAGUUAAUAUUUGUGCGUGAGUACACUGUCGCAGAGGGACAUAACUACCAUGUGAAGCAUUUCUGUUGCUGGGAUUGCGACAUGCCAUUGGCUGGGCAGCAGUAUAUAUCUGAGAACGAUCGACCGCUUUGUCUACCUUGUUAUCAGAAAACUUAUGCCAAAACAUGUAAAACUUGUAACAAAGUGAUUGCUGCUGAUCAACAAGGAGUGGCAGUGAAGAAUUUAGAUUUUCAUGCAAACGAUACAUGUUUCUCUUGUUUCACUUGUAAGAAAAGUUUACUGAGUGGUCGAAUGGCUAUCAAAGAAGACAGACCCUUCUGCAGUAAGGAAUGCAUCACUGAGUUCAUGAAUAAUAAGGCUUAAAUAUGAGUCACAUUUUCAUUACCUAUUGUAAAAAAAAUAAUCAAAAACUAUGAAUAGUAUUGUUCCUUGAUGUAUCGUAACAGUCUUGCUUUCACAGUAGGGGUUACAAUUGAUGACAGGUUCUAGUUUUCAAUUAAGGCUGAUUAAAUGUGAAAUAUUCUUAGUUAGAGUUGAUACUUAUAUGCUUCACUGUUAUGUCACAUGUGAAGCCGUACUUGCCUUUAGAAUGAGAAAUGUUACUUAUUGCUAGAAAUCUUUCUGAGCAAGAAUGAAAGUAUCUCAAAGGUUUCCAUCAUCAUUCUAGGCUGCCAAAUUCUGCUGGCUAAGUAUUGCUUCAAUUACAUUCUACGUCUUUGUAACAAUAGGAACCAACGAAUCAGUACUUCAUUAUAAAAAAAAAUUACCUUGGUAUAUUUUGUAGAUACAGUAAAAUGACGAUCAAUUUUAUAUUCACUUCAACUGCCAAGCUACGGUGAAAUAUUUGUUAAAUGAGCUACAUCCGCCAUAGGUGUUGUUUCAGAAAAAGGUAUUAUUGAUAUUCCAAAUGAUAUUAUGACGUAUGUUAAACAAUAGAAAUAUAGUAAAUGAAGGGAGGGUUAUGCAAGUGCCAAGUAUAGUUUUAAAGAAUUUAUUUUCUAAUAAUCGAUAAAGUGAACAGAAACAUAUUAUACGUUGUCACGUAUUGUUAUAAUUCAUAAUAUUUUGAUACAAAUAUAAUUUCACAAUUUGCUUAAAAUUAACUUAUUUAAAGUACCUUUUAAAUAACAUUAAAAUAGUACGCAAAUACAGAAUAUGUAAUAUUGGGCAUAGAUUUUUAAUAGUCAAUGACGAUUUUAAAUUUAACAAAACACAAUUGUAAUUGUACAAGCUUUUACAAUAGAUCAUAGAUUAGUACAGUCUUAUACACGAUGUU